AUGUCGUCCAGAAUAUCCUUACAGCAGCCAUAUGUGGUUGCUACUCUCCCGCGAUCGAAACAAGCGCAAUAUGUAGUAGGAGAAGUCUACGGUGGUUCACCUGGAUCAAAAAAAAGAAAGAGGUCAGAAUUAGCUGUUGGAAUUCAUGGAGAAGGUGUUAAUUUAUACGAUGUAUCCUCUUCAAAAUUACUUACUUCCUACGCUCUGCCUCCUGGCACUUCUUUUUUUUGCCCGCCAUACUCCUCCAGGUCGAAAACUACGAAAACCAAAACUGAACGAAGAACGUAUGUUUCGACAUCCGGCUCUGAGGACCAAGUCACAUUAUUCCACGACACCACGGAAGGGAAUAGCACAGCGCAAUCGACGACAAUCGCACAUAAGAUCAGCCAAUCGAAAGCGCCGGUGGUUCAUUUGAGUGCUCUAGCCUCCUCGGGAUUGGAUGCGAUCAAAAAGUCGGAUAUAGUGAUUGUAAAGAAGGACGGUGAAAUACAAUGUUUAGACGGCGAAAACCUCCAGUUAUUAUGGUCUUCGCCUGCCACUGCCCUCGGUCGAGCUUCAUCAAUGUCAAUGACGAACAUUGAGGUAGAAUAUGCCCACAUUACAAAUGCUUAUUCCGCCGGCCAAGGAAUCUUAAAAGGUCGCCAGGAUGUGUUCGCAGUAUUUCCACAAGAGGUGACUGAGGAUGGCUUUAAUCCAGACAUAAUAAUUGUGAUCACGAAGUCAAAUGUGCAGGAAGCUGGGGAGACUGUGAGAACAAUACAUAUCGUGGCAUUACCAAGGAAGGCAACUACACAUUUGAAUGGCAUAAUACAUUCGGUCGAAUCUCUUUUGGAUGCACCUCUACCAAUUCAUACAGCCCCAAAGAAGAAAAUAACGAUUGGGAAAGCUUCGUUCAGCAUCAACGUGUCCGCCGGUAUUUUGCAAAUACUAGAAGCAGAAGUGUUGACCACAUUAGACUUACAUGACACAUUCCCAAAGAUCCAAUCCGAGAUCAGUACUCCUGGUACCGGAUCAUUUCUGCGCCUCUCAAGUACUUCCAUUAUCAUGUCGACUCAACAGGCUAUUAGCAUUCUCAAUCCAAAAUAUGAGUCCAUCUUAGCUACGAUCAAGGUAGAUGAUGAGGCGGACAAAGAUUCACUUAAGCGGAAGCGAGACUCCGAUGAUAAGCAGAGGCCACGAUUAGAUAGUCCUGCCCAAUUCAUAUCCUACUACCCUAAGCUCGGAACAGCCCUGGCUAUCUCAGACAAUGAGCUCGUUGCCGUUCAAGUGGAUUUACAACCCGGCCAAGGAUCAAAAUCUCGAGCGAUUGGACUACUAAUUGAUUCCCUUGGCUGCUCGGAUCCACAAGUGGUACGCUCUAAGCCAGGAAAGGAGCCAUCCCACGGUAAAUGGCUUUUCGUGGAUCAUUAUCUACCCGGAUCAAUGGGUAUGAAAGAGGACGCAUGGAUAUAUAUAACGAAAGAACCUGAGAGGUGUGUCAAAGAUAGAGAUACUUCAGGGUUCGAAAAGUGUCUGGGUAAUAAAUUUGAUCAAGAUUGGAGCACCGAAUCAUCCGAAAGUCAUGCAGAGACAAAGGUUGCGAGAAUAGAACCUUCUGAAGUCGAUCGCAGAUGGAUACUAUAUGCACUGAGUAAGAUUUUCAGCUGGUCUCACGAUCUCGAAGGAGUCUAUGAGCUUUCUAUUGUUUUCUACCCUCCCAGACUUUUCCGGUGGUUGCUCCAAACAGGAAAUAUGACAAUUCUCAACAUCGAGUCUGCGUUAAGACAGGAAAUUCGAGCUUCCAUUUCCGGCCCAAUUCCUGCUGGGGAGCUCGUCAAUGCCAUUGUGAAGUUGGACCGGGAAAUGGAAUUGUUGCUCCAGCUUGUUUCCUCCAAUUUACUUGGAGCGGCUGAGCUUCUCCAUGCGAUUCGAAGCUUGAUGGAAACCAUGGAUUUGUUUGAAAUUGGGGAUUCUUCAAGCCCAAAACAAGCAUUAUUGACGAUCGGAGAAGACGCAAAACUGGAGAAUGGUAAUGUUGAGGAGGAAGUACAAAAGCUUGAAGCCGAGGCCGAGGAUGAUCUACAACUUGCCGAGUUUCAAUUAGGAGAAGGUUCUGAUGUCAGAGGUGAAGCCUUGAAUGUGGCACUGUCGAAACUGUAUACCUGUCCAGACAGCAGCAUCACGGAAGCCCUUCAAACAACCUUUACAAGCCAAGAGACGGUGUCACUAAUCUAUAUUCUGAGAGUUGAAUUGGCCAAAGGUGGAUGGACUGGUCGAUAUCUUGACAUCAUGGAACUGGAUGAUGACGAGAUUGAAGCUCCGGAUAAUUCUAUCAUCCUCAUUUCCAGCUUGCUCAACAAUUGCGUUGAUACUCUCGCCGCCGGUGGAUGGUUAACCGGCAACGCUAGACUGGUCAAUGGCGAUCAAACCGAGUCGGAAGCAUUCAUUGGGACUUUGAAGAUGGAAGUUAGUGCCGCCCUAGAAGGCAUUGAGACAGCCGUUUAUUUGAAGGGUCUGACAUCUGAAAUGGUUCGUUAUGGGGAAUCUGUGCUCAAGGGUAUUGGACAUGACGAUACAGGACGAAUGGCCAACUCAAUAUUGACUCUUCCCUCGGGAGAGAAAGAUCUCUCCACAUUACCAAUUGGUCUAAAGGCAGAGCGACAAAUUUCACGUCUUCGUGUUGGUGCUGGAGGAGAAAUUCAAAGGAGAAGUAAGAGAGAUAUCGGUCAACUCAAGAGUAAACAGGUUGGGAAAUAUACUCGAGAAAGAAUUGUCUUGUGA